UUUUGCUAAAGAACAUUGCGAUAUUGGUAAAUUGAUUAUAUUCUUAGAAUAUUACCUUCCUGGUAUCAAACUUGAAUCAAAGCUGGGCAAUUGUACAAUUUUCGCUAUAAUGUAUAGCAGCUUAUCAAAUCUAACUAGUUUGCUUGAUCUUUUGCAAAAACGUAAAGGGGACUUGAAUAUAAAAAGCUUUUAUCUCAAGGAUUGCUCUCUCGAUACAGUUUUCCAUAAUGCUCUAAGAACAGAACAAAUCGAUAACGUUGCUGCCAACAUUGAAGAGUUCCAUGGAUUAGUUUAUAGAAUACGAGAAAACAGGGGAUCCCGUUUUGAACUCAGUAAAAAAAAGAUAAAUCCUUUACGGCGUACGCACACUUUUAUUGUUCUGCAAAAGUCUCUAAUCAGAGACAUCAGAUUCUACUGCAUGCCAAUGCUGCACAUAUUUCUGCCAACACUGUUAACCAUCUGGGCUCUCAGUAUUUCGUAUCUGGGCCAGAAAAUGGAAAUGAAACCCUUCCCCGUUAACCUCUUCGGUAAGGCCACUACUCUAGUGCAGCUUAAAGCUACGGGUAGGCCACUACUAGCCGCAGAAAGAAGGUACGUCAGCGAAGGCGCCAUAGAACUGGAACCGGAUAAAGAUAUUAUGGAAUAUAUGCGCAAUUAUUCUGCCGACCAUUACUUGCUAACCGAUAUGAAGUUUACUGCUGCAGCCAUAUUUAAGGAAAAUAACGUUGAGGCCCUGUUCAACAACAAAUGGCUUAACACUGCUCCGAAUAGUCUGGCACAAGUGAUGAAUGCCCUGGCUUUUGCUUUUGUGGGUUCCGAAUCAAGGAUUUAUGUGGAAAUGGAGCCAUUACCCUACACUACAACUCAUUCUGUACAGUUGCAUCAUAGCAUAGACAGUAAUGCUUUCAUGUUUACUAUUAUCCUGUGCUUCUCUUUCGGCUUUAUAUGGACUCUACCUUUGCUAUUUUUUACAAUGUGGCAUGGAAGUCGAUACGGUCAUAUUGAGGUGAUUGCCGGAAUGCCGAUUUGCAGACUAGGCAUGGCAUCUUUUAUAUAUAAUGUACUUAGCAUAGUCAUAUGCUGCCUACCAUUGAAUUUAGCUAUAAUUGUGGUUCACCGUGACAUUCUUAUGAAUAUGGAGGUUUUCAUGUUUUUUAUCCACAUAUUACUAGCAGCUGCUUUCUGUGCCCAGUGCAUGAAUUGUUGUGUUUCUUUCUGUUUGGCAGAGCCUCGUUCUGGUUAUUUAAUACUUUCAAUAUUUUUAUCAUUAGGCAUAGUGAUCUAUGUCCGAAUUUUUGAGUUACAGACCCUGCCAAAACUGGAAAAAACUGCUCUUCUGAUUUGGGACUUACAUCCCCAUUUCGCACUUAUUCACAACCUGAUGCACUCUAAUAAAAUGUAUGAAAUAACAGGCCUGUGCAAUGACCAGCAGACAUAUCAGACUAGUGUGCAUUUGGAGCAAUGUCAAAGAAUGCCAAACUGUUGCGGUGAGUUUUUCUUUUAAUAAUUUAAAAAUGUAUUUUUCUUUUUUACAAAUGAUUAGAGUGAAUCAGU